UAUUGACCAAAACAAAAGUAUCAAAUGCAACCUGUUUCAUUUGGAUCUUUGUAAUUAUUGAUUUGAAACGUGCUACGAAUAACCUGAAGGAUAGGCAACCAAUCGAACAGGGUUUUCAUUGCUUGAACUCUAUGAAAGUGAAAACCACUGACGAAAUUAGUCGCCAACGGUCUAAGAAUAGCAAAAACUUGUACAUUUCAGACGAUUACGAAACGUUUGAAAAUAUAUUCACAAUAAAAAAUGCGGUAAGCUGCUCAAUAUUACGAAUUCCCUCUAUAUAAAUAACUUAAUUGAGAAAGUAAAGUAAUGUUUGCUCCCGUAGCGAUUUGUUAACAUUAUUUGCGUGGUUUUAAGUUGGUAAUGUGAUGCUAUUUUUGAAACGUGCUCCGUAUUAAAAUCAGAAUGUAGUGUGCUAUGGGGAAUACAUCUGCCAAACCCCAUCGAAGAUCAAAUCAGCACAAAAAACAAGUGCAUUGGAAAGCAGCAGGUAACGUACGAGAUCGACCAGGACCACCUGGAAAGCCCCAGCUGGUAUCGGAACCAGAGCUAACGCCAGAUGUCGUUACUAUUCGCUGGGAUCGGCCACGUUUCGACGGAGGAUCUCCCAUCAUCGGCUAUUUAGUUGAACAUCGACGGUAUGGAUCGCCGCACUGGGUCAGAGCGACACCCCAGUUGGUACGCUUCACCGAAUUGAGCUUGAGCGGUCUUGAGCCGGGAUGGAGGUACCAGUUUCGCGUCAGUGCCGAAAACGCGGUCGGAUUGUCAUCGCCGGGUGAACUUUCCGAAUUGCUCACCGUUACCUUGCAGAGAUCGGCCGUGACGGUACCUCGAUUUGUCAGCGAACUUUCGGACACUGUCGCUUUAGAGAAUGAAAAAGUCGAGUUCGUAUCCCACUUUUUGGGGCAACCGGCGCCGAAAAUCAGUUGGUAUAAGGAUGGAUUUGAGAUAUUCAGCAGUCGAAGAAUUCGAAUUGCGACAGAAAGUGAGAAGAGUACCUUAACAAUCCAUCAAAGCUCUUUGUCUGACGAGGGUGAAAUUAAGUGCACAGCCACGAACAAAGCUGGCCAUGCAUCGACCAAAGCGCAACUCACGUUGGAGGCUGCACCAAGCAUUCGAUUACCUCGACAAUACGAAGACGGUCUCCUGUUCGAGUUGGAAGAAGCCAUUCGACUGAAGGUGUCGGUAGCUGGCAGACCGACUCCCGUCGUUUCUUGGAGUCACAACAAUGAACCAAUAAAUAACAGUGACCGAUACGAAAUAGAAAACAGCGAUAAAAAUUCGAGUUUACGCAUACAAUCGGCAGAACGAAGCGACCGUGGCGAAUACCAGAUCAAGGCGAUAAAUCGUCUGGGAGAAGCCACGUCAUCAUUUUUAGUUACAGUUACAGAUAAACCAUCACCGCCCUCUCAAGUGCGUGUUGUUAUGACUUUGGGAAAAUCCGUGACCUUAGCAUGGAACUUACCCCCUGAUGAUGGUGGUUGUAAAAUUGGUAAUUAUAUAGUAGAAUAUUUUCGCUUAGGCUGGGACGUGUGGCUCAAAGCAGCAACUUGUAGGCAGUUAACGACAACGAUAGGGGAGUUGAUUGAAGGCAGUGAAUACAAGUUUAGGAUCAAAGCAGAAAGUCCAUACGGAAUUAGCGAUCCAAGCGAAGAAUCGGAUACAAUCUUCAUUCCGGAUGCCAAAAGAGGUAUCUUAUCACCGGCCAUUCGGAGCCAAAGCCAACCCCGCGACAUACCGAACGAGCCACCAUCACCAACAAAAAGAAAACCAAGAUCUUCAUCCACCACCAGACCUGAAACUGCUAAGCCGCCCACACCCUCGUAUUUCUACGACGGCGGCAUCCCCAAAAGACCUGCACGUACCAAAAUCAAAAGCCCCACUUUAUCACCGGAAGCCUCCCCUGUGGUGAACAGGCGAAAAAUUAAUCCGGACCUUACUAAACACAUACUUGACAGAACUUCUGUAGCGCGAGAUCUAGCGUAUGGAAGCCCCGAGAUAAAAAUGGAGCAACCCCAGUUUGGGGUGGCCUUAGGCACCGAUAAAAAGAAAUAUCAUUCCCAAAACCUCGACAAGUUGCCGAAUGCCGCUGUCAAAAGUACAGUUAGUGUAGUCCAUUAUCAAAGACCCACAGUCGAAUACACCGAAGUUACUUCGAGAAAGUCUCCGCAGCGAGUAAUCGCAAAGGAGAAAUCGCCGUCACCUUUACCAAGGACCCGAAGUAAAUCUCCAAGUCCUCUACGUAGCAGAAGCCGAUCUCCUAGCCCAGCUCAAGACAAAAACAACCCUCUUUCCGAUAGUUCCGAAUUCAUGUUAGUGUUACUGCCUGAAAAUCAAAAAGACAAAGGAAAUGCGAUGGGAACAGAUUUUAGUUUCGACCAGCAGAGUAUAGCGCCGCCAAUGUCGUUGUCGGCGCCCGAGCUUGGCGCAGAGGAGUUGCUGUUUCAUCCGCUGCGAUGUUCCGUGAGUUCGUCCGAGUUGCUCUACGAAAAUACCCUGAAGAGAUUUCAAGAAUAUGCGGAGGAACAUACCCAGCAAUCGAGUAAGGUCGAUAUACCGAAGAUCCAAAUAAACUCCAAAGACAAUCAGCUGAUUGUCGGUUUGGAGCGGUCCAACUCUCUUCGUCGAAGAUCGUCGGGGGGGCUUAUCGUACCGCAACAUCAGUCGUGGAAUUACAGGCGACACAGUCUGAAAAACACGCACGAUGUUUCCGAAGUACCCGAAAACACCUUGAGACGAUAUCCGAUCGUGUUGGACAACAAGAGCGCUGAAGAAGACAUACCCAUCCAGACAAAGUCGAUUGAAAGCAAGCGAGAGAGUUUUGCCCAACGCCAACGGUCGCAAUCUGAAGAGCGCGAAGAGGAGGAGUUUGAGAAAAUUAGGACUAAAAUGGCGACUCAGAAGAAAGAACCGAAAAAGGCGGUGGCGGUCGUUCAAGAAACCGAGUGGGAUGAUGAGAGGCACGAGGACAGUGUUUCCGAGUCCGAAAGUGAUUCUUUCCAGGAAUACAGGGCGGCCGCAAACCGCAAGUUUAUACCCGAAGAUGAAGAUACGUAUCACCCCGGUUUUAAACAACAGCACAAAGCUAAUAGCAAUCAGCCGUUUGAAAUACUAACCAAGCCAAGUCCUUUACCCGAUCCAAAUUUCGUUCCCAAACCGAUUUUAAAGAAAAAAGCGCUCAAAGAUCAUCCCGACAAAUCCAGUAGAAAAAGCACUGACACUAACAAAUUGCGCCAGAAAUCGCCGCCUUCCACUAAUGCUAGGGGAGCUUCUGAGGGCAGUCUCAAGGCACGUUCCUUUUCUCUAUUUCCGCAGGCUAAGCAGUCAAAGAAAAAAGGACAAGACAAGGAAAUGUUCCGGAAGCGAACAAGUUCGCCUGCAGUACCUGCGCGACAACCUCUCGCUGAAAAUUUUGCGCCACUAAGCAGACCUCCACAGUCUCCAAUAGUUUCGCCACCGAAAAGAGCAGAAGAGGAGAUAAGGGUGGUCGUAGACCACUACGGCGAUAUCGUGCGUAGUUACGGGAACAAAAACAGACCGACUCCUAGAGUGAUUUUAAAUUGUGACGACCUCAAAGCGGCCGCGGCUAGGCAAUCGGAGGAAGACUGGCGCGAGCUUAGCGAACCUGAAAUUGAUACGGAAGAAGAGAGACAAGUUAAAGUAGAACGCAAAUCAAGUUUUAUUGAAGUUUCAUCGGCGUUGUUAAAGCAGGUGAAGCAAACGGUCUCGGCGGCAUUCGCCAGUGAUCCAAUGGACGAUGACAUCAUCAGCCCGGACGCGGAGAGUGUGCCAGCGAUACAAAGGAGGGGUAGCGCCCAGCUAAACAAGCGAAAGGUGAAACCCACCGCGAAAUCCGACGGUGGGAAAUCGAAGAAGAGUCCUCAACCUCGAGGGGAAAAUUGGAGCAGCCUACGUGCGCCGUCACCGAGUCCUGGUAAAUCAUCCCCGACGGCGAUGCGACGCAACUCGCUAACUCCGCCAGGGGGAGCGGUACGUCGAAAUUCGCCCGGCUCCAUAUCGCCCAUUCCAUUCGCCAAAAACAAAGCGUCACCUUCGAAAUUUGACGAUCCGCGAUAUAGUGUUAAGGACGAUUUGACUAUACGUGCCGAACUGAAGGUUCGAUCGACGAUGGAUUACAUCACAGAUCUCGCGAUGUUUAUCGUCGCCUGUUGGUUGUACUUUUUUACAAACGAGCUUUUUGCUAUUCCAGUAUUGCUGGUCAUGGUGUACCGACAACUGAAAGAGGAAAUAAUGAGUUGGAUAACUGGCAAAGACAAGAGUCGGCGGAAAUAGCGAAUUUGCAACCAGUCGCUCUUUUAAAACAUAAUUUAUACAUUUCUAUAUUUAUUUUUGAUUUUUAUUAAUACACCGCGAUCUAUAAUUAGCUGGAUAUGAAUUAUUUUUAAAAUGGCGUUGUUUACGCUGAGCGAAAAAAACAGUUUGUAAUUGUCGAACACUUUGUAAUUACCUAUACGUUUAGAGUAUUUAAAACUGGGCGUUUCUGAAGGUGUGAGAAAAGCUGUAAUGACAUAUUGUUGUUAGGUAUAUUAUGAAUGAUAGUAUUGUUAGUAGCAUUAGCAAAAUUAUUUGGUUAUUAAAUAAAUGUGUACGG